AUGAAUAUGGAAUCGGAUAAUAAUCGAUCCCAUAAAAAUAGUUGUAGCAGCAUGAUGAAUUCGAGAAAGCAUUCCCUAACAGCUCAACUUACACGGACAGCUAGGCGUUUCUCGACCACAGUGGCACCACAACUAACAAAACUCGAUCCAUUACCAUUGCUUCAAUAUUAUAAGAUGCUUAAUAUACGACUAGUAGAUGUUGCUCAGCUUCAAGCGGCUAUCAAAGGAUAUAUUAUCAAAAAUAUAGUGAACUUCAGUCCGAUUGAUUUUGAAAUAACGGAUGAAAAUAACGUUCGUGUGCUCAGUGUUAGUUUACGACCUGAGGAAAUGAUUCUUUCUAAAGGCAUCAAGAGAAUUUUUUCAAUUACGUUCGAUGAUUCCGAUCCUGAAGAAUGUGGAACUGUGAUAGCUAAAAUUAGGCAACCUAUAUCAGGUCAACUGUAA